AUGAAAUCAUCGUAUCAUCCUCACAUAAUGGAAAUUAUAGUACGUGUUGUGUUUGUGUUGACGUUAGUCAAUUUUGGAUUUUUAAAUGGCCAAGUCUAUGAUGUCCUUAAAUUUGGUGCUAAGGGAGAUGGUACUACCGAUGAUUCAGAGGCGUUUGUAGAAGCAUGGAAAGCUAUGUGCAGUAGUGGUGGGAGUAAUAAAACCCUCCUUGUUCCUUCAGAUAAUACCUUUUUACUACAACCUCUAGUGUUUCAAGGUCCUUGUAACUCUCCAUCUGUACAAGUUCAGUUGGAAGGAAAGAUUGUCGCCCCUCUUAACAAAGCAGUAUGGUCAGACUUUAAGUCAUACGAGUGGGUCAGUUUUAAUAAAAUCAUCGGUCUAACGGUCCUUGGUUCAGGAACAAUCAAUGGACGUGGUUCAUCUUUCUGGGAGGCCAAUAUGCCAGCUUCUAAACGCCCUACUCAAUUGCAUUUUCAAGGAUGCAAUAAUCUUGAAAUAAAUGGAAUAACCUCAUUCGAUAGCCCGAGAAACCAUAUCUCACUCACCGACUGCAGACAAGUGAAAAUCACGCAAAUAAAACUUAUUGCGCCUGGUGAUAGUCCUAACACCGAUGGAAUUGAUAUUUCAACAUCAACUGAUGUAGAAAUAUAUGACACCAUCGUUGGAACUGGAGAUGAUUGUGUAGCUUUAAACAGUGGAAGUAUAAAUAUCAGCAUCGCAAGGAUGCGAUGUGGUCCUGGACAUGGAAUAAGUGUGGGAAGUUUAGGAAAAGAUGGAGAAGAAUCUAUAGUUGAGAACGUCCAAGUGACCAACUGCACUUUCAAUGACACGAACAAUGGAGCGAGAAUUAAGACAUGGCCGAAUGGAAAAGGAUACGCAAGGAAUAUUGUUUUCAUGGAUAUUAUGCUCACUGAAACCAAAAAUCCAAUUAUAAUCGAUCAACAGUAUAUAGACAAGGGACGUAUCGACGUAGAGGAAUCAUCAGCUGUGGCGAUUAGCAACGUGACAUUCACGGAUUUUCAUGGAACGUCCCGACAAGAUGAGAUUAUAAAGAUAGAUUGCAGCGAAGUCACAUGUUGCAAAGAUAUCGUUCUAGAUAGAAUUAAUAUUACUACGGUCGACGGAAAUAAGCCAAUAGUUGAAUGCAGUAACGCGUAUGGAAAUUCAACCAAUGCUUAUGAUGGUUGCUUGAAGACUCAGUAA